UCAUUCAUUUGAAAAAGCAUGGAAGUUGUAUUAUGGGAAAUGUAAACAAAACAGCUACAAACAUGCACACAUGUGUAUAGUAAGCCCGCAGCGUUGUGCAAGAAAAGUACUCUCGUGGAAGAAACGCAAUUUACUAUUAAUUAGAGAUUGACAAAUAACUAGAAAGUUUUGUAGAUUUUAAAAAGAACAAGAAAUAUAUAUUCCCAAACGCGCAAUAAAAAGUAUAAACAAAUAUUUAAUAUUUUGAAUGAACUAUUGAAUGCGACACCCUCUUUUUUCGCAUUUGCUAUUGUAGUAUAACAACCCUGCUUUUGUCACUGGCAAUUUCCAAUGAAAUGACGUUUGCGCAGUUUUUGCCACUUUCCAAUAAGAUGUUGGAAAUUUUUUUCUAUUGAUUAGUUGAAGUUAUGUCGCUUUUUAUUGUUUACUCUCAAAGUUUUUUGUUAAAUUUUGUGUAAAAAACCUUUGUGAAAUCCAGUAAAUAACGAAAAUUUUGGACAAGAAGUGCUACGAGAUUUUGCUAGAAUAAAAACGAGUAUAGAAAUAAAGAUGCAAGUUAAAGGAGCGCGAAUCUUGUAAAGUGAGUGUGUGAGUGAAAAAAAAGUGAAAAAACAGAAACAGCGAUUGAUACAACAUCAUCGCCAAACCACCACUACAGAUGUCCACAGGAGUGGGAGGUGGAGGGAGCAUAACGACAGAUCAUCAUAGCCGCCUGUAUUUUCUGAACUCACCCACGGCACCACUGUCCGCACGCGACCCCUUCUUAAUCAAACCCGAAUACCUCAACUAUGAUAAUCCCAUGCAUCAUCUGUACCCAAGCAAUCGGGGGCUUAUAGACUACAAUAAUUAUACGGUAACAGCAGCGGCAGUAAAUGCAGCGGCAGCCGCCUCAGCGAACACCAACAGCAGCAACAAUAACACCAAUAACAAUACAUCAUCUGCCUCCACCACCAAUACCAAUAAUAACUCCACCGCCGCUGCUGCCGCCGCUGUUGCUGCGAAUCCAACUGUAGUGGCAGCUGUAGCCCUUAAUUUGGAGAAUACCUUUCAUCAUCAGGCCCAGCAAGUGGUCCAGCAGCAGCAACAACAAUUGCAAACAACAAACACCCAACACGUCGCCAACGCCGCCACCACCACAGCCACACAUCCGCUGCACCAUACCCUCAGCACACCCCCAACACAGUCAACACGCGCUCAAAAAGCCGCCCGUCGCCGCAGUAACGAAUCACCCGAGGCCCGCCAACGAAGACUGGAGCGCAACGCCGCAAGGAUGCGCGAGAAACGCGCCAAAGAAUCUGAAGCUGAGUAUCGCUUACGUCUGGCCAAGAAUGCCGAGGCGAAUCGUAUACGUCGUCAGAAUGAAAAUGAAGUACAAAGAACCUUAAGACUGAUGAAAAAUGCAGCUCGUCAACGAUUACGACGGGCCAGUGAAACGCCCGAAGAGAGAAAAAAGCGUUUGGCCAAGGCAGCUGAGCGUAUGCGUGUAGCCCGUGCCAAACAACCCAAAAUACCCAAGCCGCCGCUGGAGGAUCGUCUUAAGGGCUACUAAAAGAGACACACGUCGACGUCAAAGCCACCCGCAAAACGCAGCGCCACAAUAACAACUAUUACAUCAACAUCAUCAUCAUCCAACAGUAACUUUUAAACUUUUCUUCUUCUUCUGCCCAGGCAAUCAGAGACCAGGACAAAGAUUAGGCGGCUCAUAUUACAUACACAAUAUGUCGCAAUAUGAGGUAGUACUACCAGUGGGGGGAAGUUAAGAGGAGUCAGACUCUGUCAGAUGACGAUGAUGACGACGAUGACACGACAGGCAGAAAGAACAAUACAGCUAAACAUAAUAUUUAAAACAAAAACAAAAACAAUAACAUUAAACACACAAAAUCUACACUCAGAGAAGAAACAAAACACCAGCACAUUAGAAAUUAUAGGCACCACCACCACCACCACCCCCCCAAAUCCACAACCCUCAAAAACUACCCACACCAUUACUCUGCUAAUUAUUUUUGGGUCCCUUUUUUGACCUGUUUUUAAAAGUUUUAGUCAUUGUGGAAAAUUUUUCAAGACAUUUACUAACAUCCCAUGUUGGCUGUAUGUCAUGGGGGAUGGCAGUUUUAACUAAUCCGCAAUCUUGUAAUCCCCCAUAUGGCACAUACAGUACACACAUACAUACACGAUGUAAUUUUCAGGAAUUUAUUGAAUCCUGUUUCUAAUUUGUAAUUCUAAACAUCCACAACUCGAAAAGGGAAGGUGGAAGGCAUGAUUUCACAUCGACUUUUUUCAAAUAUGUCCCCAAUUGACGAACUCUUCGAAAGCUAAGAAUUGUUCUUUUUUCAUUUAAUUUAUAUGGAGUUCAUAUUGUUUCACUUCUAUUUUCUAAUAAUCACAAAAGUACAGAAGAUAAUAAUGUUUAGUUUUUGAAGAAAGAGAGCGAGAGAGAGAGCGAGAGAGAGAGAGAGAAAGGAGAAGGCUAAAGUUUACAUGAUUGGAGAAAACGGCAAAAAAAAAUCAAAAUCUACCGAAAAACGCUUUUUUCAUUCUGUUGGAGCGUACUUAACAAGAGACACAAAAAGAUGUGGGCGAUGGGGGCUAAACAAACGACCAUCAUUAACGAAAGGCAUGCACUAAAAGUCGAUUGAUUGAUCGAACAACACAAAGCGUUACUCACUCUGAAUAUAAAAGAAAAGUUUGUGUGUGUGUGUGUGUGUGGUUUCAUUGUCGUUUUCGUUGACGAGCUGCAUCUUUCAUCAGCUUUAAGGUUCAGAGUUUUUUCUACAUUUCUAAAGAGAGCCAGCCGCCUUCCUGACUUAUAGCGAUAAUGGAAAAUAUCAUCUACCUGCUAAGGGCCGGUAGAUGUGGUUUCACCACAACUAAAACUAAACUUAAAUCUAUUCUAAAAUAUUGAUAUAUAAAUUAAAACCUAAUGGAUUUCUGUAUGAAUCCCAAAAACAUAUAUAAAAUAUUUUAACAUUUUCUA